CUGCAGCCGCAUUGUUGUGGGGGGAAGAGAUGCGAGCUAGCCUGCUAGCAUAGAGCCCACACGGCCAGCGCAAUAAGAUCCAAAAAACAGGCACCUUAGCAUGGUCGAGCUGCUGCUACCGUGAGCGAGUAACUCCGGCUUUUAAAUGCGCAUUUUUGAAUCCCGGAGGACGUUACGGAUACCUCAUAUUACCAUUCGAAUACAACGGAUAAGCGGCUCGUGGACGGUAGCGCCCAUAGCGAGGCUCGUGUUCGGAUUAAACCUACUGCUGUUCAGUAGGCCACGCCGCUGCUGCUUUGAGCUCGGCCUGGCUGCAUAUAAAGCUAAAUUUAACGUCGACGGCGAAGAAAUGUCGGUGGACUCCUCCGAACAGCAUUAGCUCACUAGCACAGCCACCAUCAGGCCGUAGGAUCCAGUGUCUGUCCGUGUUGCUCAGUUGUGUGUUUGUGUGUUUCCUCCAGAGCUGUGUGUUUCCGCCCUGCCCCCUCAAACAAACAAAAGCCCGGACGUAAAAACCACGGCUGUUAUCUGUUACACAUCAGUGUUGUGGUUAUAUGGGUAUGGGUUAAUGUGUCAUUGUGUGAAGCUCAAGCACUUCAAGGAGUUCAAUAGAAGUAGAACAUUUUAGUCAGUAGUGUGUUGAGAAGCGCUCAGAUUGACAGUCACUUUAAAUUACAUUGUAUUAAUAACAAUGUUAGCUUGGUAUUAUUUGUAACUAAAUAAUUAACAUUAAUGCCAGGUGGCGAUACGGGUCAACUACACAAUAACAAUGAAGUACAUGCGCAUGUUUGUUGUUUCCAAUUCAGCCGUUUCAAACCUGUUUAGGUUGCCAUGGACACAGGCAGGGAUGUUUGCUUACUGUUGCUUACAAUUGGAUCUAAACCAUGAAAUUUACGUGUAACCGUUUCUUUUUCCAUUUACAAUUGAGUAUUGAAAUACCUGCUGAUAGACUUUUGGUUUUGAAUCAGUUGAAAGUUGAUGUGUGUUGGUCUUGUGUCAUACUUUAGUUCCUCUGAGGCAUUCAAAAUGAGGAAGAAGGUUCGGCAUAAUCGUGUAGCCACGCCACAGAGGCCUCCCUCGCCCAUCAAACCCUCACGCAACCGUGAGACCUUGACUUAUGCCGAGGCCCAGCGUAUGGUUGAGCUGGAGAUAGAUGGACGUGUCCACAGGCUCAGCAUUUAUGACAAACUGGAUGUUAUUGACAGUGAUGACCCUUUAGCUCAGGAGAUCGUCGAGUGCACCAGCAACAAGGAGAACAACGAAAAGCCGCAGCAGGUUCUGGUGCGUUCGGUGCGGCUACAAAAAAACCAGCAGAAGAAGAGUGCCGCGUUGACAACUGUGCAGGGUCCACCAGCUCAGGGCAGGCUGCCGGAGCCAAAGAUCCGAACGGUUGAGUACAACCUCCCAGCAGUGCCACGGAGGCCGUCUGCGUACUAUACUUACGUCGAGAAGACAUCUGAUGAGCUUGAUGAGGAGGUUGAGUAUGAUAUGGACGAGGAAGACUAUGCAUGGCUUGAGCUUAUCAAUGAGAAGAGGAAGAGUGACGGUCACAGCCAGGUCUCUCAGAAUGUCUUUGAGUUCCUCAUGGACCGCUUUGAGAAGGAGUCUUUCUUCGAGGCCCAGGGUCAAGGUGACCACCAGUCGCUUAUCGACGAGGACGCUGUGUGCUGCAUCUGCAUGGACGGCGAGUGCCAGAACAGCAAUGCUAUUCUGUUUUGUGACCUGUGCAAUCUUGCAGUGCAUCAAGAGUGUUAUGGCGUCCCCCACAUCCCAGAGGGCCGGUGGCUUUGCCGCCAUUGCCUGAAUUCACCCACCCAGCUGGCAGAGUGUAUAUUCUGCCCCAAUAAGGGCGGAGCCCUUAAGAGAACAGACGAUGACCGCUGGGGGCACGUUGUUUGCGCCAUCUGGGUCCCAGAAGUCGGCUUUACCAAUACUGUCUUCAUUGAGCCCAUUGACGGUGUGGCAAACAUUCCACCGGCUCGCUGGAAACUCACCUGUUACCUGUGUAAGAAGAAGGGAGUUGGUGCUUGUAUUCAGUGUAGUAAGGCUAACUGUUACACUGCUUUCCAUGUGAGCUGUGCUCAGAAAACUGGCCUUUACAUGAAGAUGGAGCCCAUAAAAGAGGUUACUGAAUCAGGAGCCACCACGUUCUCGGUGAAGAAAACAGCCUAUUGCUGCUCUCAUACCCCUAACGGUUGUGUGAGGAGACCCCUCACUAUAUAUAAGGACUCCAAACCCAAGAACAGUUUAUGUAAGAAGGGUGCUCAUAGGGGAGGAAGGGAAAAGGCAAGGGUAUGCCAGAAAAAGAAGACUAAAACGGCAGAAUCGCCAGAGUCUGUUGAUGAAGCUCCCAUGGUGUCUGGACCUAGUAUUACUCCUAAAAGUUUCAACACAAUCCUCAACCAAGUUUCUCUCCAGAAGAAGAAGGUUUUUUUUAAACGUGUUCUCAGUUACUGGAUGCUCAAGAGGCAGUCAAGAAAUGGUGUCCCACUAAUAAGACGCCUACAGACGGCCAUACAGAUGCAAAAACCACCAGAACAGGUGCAGGAUGAGGUGAACUUUCAAGAUCUGACAGAGCAGUUAAAGGACUGGCAUCGUUUACGGCACGACCUGGAGCGAGCUCGCUUGCUGCUGGAGCUCAUUCGUAAGAGAGAGAAGCUAAAGAGGGAGGAGAUGAAAUUGCAGCAGUCAGUUUUGGAGAUGCAGCUCACUCCAUUUCCUGUCUUGCUGCGAGCAGUGCUGGAUCAGCUGCAGGAGAGGGACCAGACCAAAAUCUUUGCCCAGCCUGUCAGCAUCAAAGAGGUUCCUGACUAUCUAGACCACAUCAAGCACCCUAUGGACUUCUCUACCAUGAGAAAACGCAUUGACUCUCAUGGGUACAAAAACCUGGAUGAGUUUGAGGAUGAUUUCAACCUCAUUAUUAACAACUGCAUGAAGUACAAUGCCAAGGACACCACCUUCUACCGCGCUGCUGUACGUCUACGAGACUAUGGUGGAGCAAUCCUCAGGAAGACAAGGCGGGACAUUGAACGGAUAGGCUUUGACUUCACCAGUGGAAUGCACCUCACUGAGCCUCCUAAGAUAGAGCCACCUCCAUCAUUGUCUUGGGAAGCUGUUGACCGACUUUUAAACCCAGCCAAUCGGGAACGUAUGUCUAAGGAGGAACAGUUGAAUAAGCUUUUGGAGACACAGGAUUCAGUGAGUGUCAUGAAGUCAUGCCCUUCUAGGAGCAAACGGCUCAAGUUACUCAAAAAGACCAUUGGUGACUUACGGAUGGAAAUGGGUAAAAAAACGGAGCCCCCUUCAUCAAAGCAAAACAAUCCCAAAGAAGAGGAGAAUAUGCCGCUUUCAGUACCACAGGCCCAAGAGGAAGAAGGUUACAAGUCAUUUCCUCCAAAACUGGAGCCUUCAGACUCUGUACCACUUCUGACAUCCUCCGCAAGUCCCUCUGAACCUCCGACACUGAAACCUGUGGAUCCCAGCCCUGAAAAGUGCCCAAAAAGGGUCAAAUUUGACGGGGAGACGCUUUCUACCUCACUUAUAAAUGGUUUUUCACCUGACGUUCUACCCUCUGAAAAUAACAUUAUGGUCGCUACCUCCACUGUUACCGAACCAGCAAAUACGGUCAACCGGCGGACGGCUGUGCUGUUCCAGAAGUCAAAGAGUCCACAGGAGGUUUCAAACAUGAGUGAAUCCCCAGUUGACUGCCCUCAGUUGGGCUCUAAGACCUUCCUGUCAGUGGUCAUCCCUCGGCUCGAAACCCUGCUCCAGCACAGGAAAAGGACGCGUAAUGCGAGCGGAGACAGUCAGGAUGAAGAAGAGGAUGAGUGUCCUGUCAAACGCUUGGAUACAGGUUUGUCUAAUGGCUUUUUGGAGCCGAAGAAAGGGCUAACUGUGAGUCGACCGUCAGAGCCUCGCCGCCGCUGUGCUUCAGAGUCCAGCAUCUCUUCCAGCGGAAGUGGGAGCACCCAGGAAAACACAAGGUGUAUUAGUGAUGUCAGUCAUGUAAGGAGUGGCAAAGGGAAGCUGGCAAUGGCGAGACGAAAUACGACGGACGAUAAAAAAGAGCUGGUCAAAUGUGUGGAAACGGGGAACAUUUCCAAAGCCAGUAAGAUGGCAGCAGAGAUUGACAGCAGCAAUAUUUGGAUGCCUGCUAACACUUCACCACUAAAUCUGGAGCCCCUUAAAGUAGUUUGGGCCAAACUUAGUGGAUAUCCUUCCUAUCCUGCCUUGAUCAUAGAUCCUCAGAUGUCUCGAGCGGUUUGCCAACUCAACGGCGAGUUCAUUCCCACCCCUCCACGGGACGUGCUCAGGGUCGGAGAGCUGAUGCAGUUCAGGUCCAAGGAGAAACUCUUCCUCGUCCGCUUCUUCGACAGCAAACGCAACUGGCAAUGGCUUCCUAAAUCCAAGAUGGUACCGUUUGGGAUUGACAAGACCUUAGACAAAAGUAAAAUGUUGGAAGGCAGAACGUCAGGUAUCCGUAAAGCUGUGCAAAGCGCCUUCAACAGUGCCAUGAACCACUUGAGCCUUGUCCAGGACUUAGGCACUGGAGAUUAACCCUUGGUCAUUUUAAGGGUUUUGUCAAGCCCCUAAGUUUACCCAACGUUACGCUUGCGUAUCAGACUGGCCGUGUUUUACCGAGGCCCCCUGACCUCUCCUUCCAAACUCUGUUCGGAGCCGUCAAGCUUCUCAACAGACGAAUGUGAGAGCGCCUUCUCUCUCCUCUAAUGUGCUGCAAGACUGCUGUGAACUCGCACUGCCAUCUACUUUCCUUUACACUUCCAUCACCAUCCACAAAAACGCCUCGUGUUUAACUCUGGCUGUAAAUAAAAGUCAUCCUAAAUUAUCCAACACUAAUUUAUUAUUAUUGUUUUGGUUUGUACUGCACAUGACCUCCUGGAAGAUUUCUUCAAGGUAGUUUCUCAAGCGCACUGAGUUGCGAACCUGUCUGGUGCUACAUCACGUGCAAAGCCUUGAUUUUUUUUUUUUCGUAUUAGGGACUUGGAAGAGGCUGUCGCACUUACUGUAUCAAACUUUUUUGUUUUUGCCUUCUUUUUUUUUACGGUUAAGUUAUUGUAAUUUGUCAAUGCAAGCUUCUCCUCCUUGGCAUUAACAUGUUAUCUACUUUUUUAUAUAAAAAUAUUCUUAUGGGACACAACUGAUGUUUGUAAAUAUUUAUAUAAAGCUAUGAAAUUAUAUACAUGUAAUACUUUAGAGUGGUUAAAAAUUUAAACGGAGAAGAGGAAAACAGCAGUAGCGAUGAAACCAGGAGUGCGUCACUCAUGCAAAACCAAAUAUUUUGCUGCCCAGUUUUUUUUUUUUUUUUUUUUUUUUUAAUCCUUCUGGAAUGUUAUCCCUGGUUUUCACAUUAGUUUGUGUGAAUGUUUGACAAACAAAUAGUAUGACGAAGUAUCCCCAAGUUGUUGCUUUUUAUUUUACCGUGCUCUCGGGAACUGUAUGUGUAGGUAUGCAUAAAGAUGUGCCUGUACAAAUGUGUUGUAUUAGGACAGAAAGUAUGCAAAAACUUUAUAUUCAGAGUAGGCAUAUUUUGGUGGAAGCUGUGUUUGCCUAUUUUUGCUUUGUGUGUGGGUGUUUUAAUCAUAGCCAUCUGUUGUGACUGUUUAACUGUGUCUCUCUCCAGUAUGGAUUCUGGGUAGCAUUCUGGGUUAAAAAACACUUUUUGUAUGAAUGUCUUGUACUUAUACUGACUGGUACUCUUGUUUCUUUUCUCUGGGAGGAUCAUAAUAUAGCCAAUGAUAGUGAGUGCUGGCAAGAUCCAGUAUUUUUUAAGGACACUGAAAAUAAAAAAACCCAUAAAAAAAAAAUCACUGUAUUGCUGCAUUUAUUUAUUUGAUAUUUCAAAACUGUAUUAAGGGAACUGUAACCUUAAAAUGAGAUUCUGACCAGUGAUUUUGCUAAGCAAUGUUAGAAGGAAGUCAGUAGAUGGAGCUCUUGAAUCAAGCAGGGUUUUGAGUUUGAAGCUGAUGAUCGGUCAUACAAUGGGGCCCAUUGUACAAAGGUGCCUGGAUUUGUUCCUGUCAGGCAGCAGAUGCCCUAACUCUGCCCACAUCCCUAAUCCUUACCAUAUGUAGCCUGUAAAGCGGAGUAGCCUGCCACAAACAACUUCAGCCACCUUUCUUCCAUUGUGUACUAGGGGUGUCCCUGUAAGACACCAGCUCAAGUCAAAAUGACUGUCAAAAUGAUAGAGUACAGUGACAGAAUGGCACUGUAAAAGAUCUCUUCCAAACUCUUAUAAUCUUUGAGCAGAGCCCUUUUAUUUGAGAUCAGCACAACCUGUUCCAAUAGUGUCUGGCUUGUCAUCCAACAAACACUGCUGUGCAAUCUUUUUUUUUUUUUUUCUUCCUCUGUCUUCCUCAUAUUGUCCCUUUCAUUCGACCGUGAUUAAUGUGUCUGUUUAUCCCAGUUUGCACAUCCUGCUGGUGGGCAAUGAUACAUAUUCCACAAAGUAAUUAUUAGCAACAAAAAUCAACAACAGAAAUUAUGCCUCUGUCUGCUUCGCAAUCUGAGGAACCUCCAUUUAAAAAGCCUUUGAAGUGUUUGUGAUUAAAUUAGGCUAGAACAUUUAUUAACCACAGUCUGUCAUAUAUCUAUUUUACACAAACGCCAUGUGUUUUGUUAAAUUUUCCAAAUAUUUAAAAGUUUUAAUAUAGUCAAACAA